UCAUCAAGACUGACGCGCGACAGUCAGAGACAUGGCCGCGAUCGUUGCUUCUACGCGUGUCUUAAUUUAUUGUCCUGAUAUAUCACUGAAAAAACUAAGCUCGGACGUUCCACGCUCGAGGACCAUAGAUUUGUAAAUAGAAGAGAAAAACAUAUAAUCGUAGUUGGCUAAACGGCUAGCCGACUUUUAUUUCGAUAAUACAGUCGCGGAGAUCGCAUACAACUUAAAAAAUGAACUACAAUCAUACUGGAGCACGGAGGGGUAAACCAAAGAGGGUCUUGGAUCCAUGGGCUGCUUUAUCUGUUCCUUCUUCAACUUCACAAAUGCCAUCAAGUGCUUAUAAUAUGUACAACCAGCAGGUACCUAUGAAUAAUGGCAUGUCACCAGAUUAUGGUUUCAAUAUGCCAGAUCAAGGUCCAUCAACUACUAGCACUCCUCCUUAUGGAUUUGUUCAACAGUCUACAAUGCCACCUGCAUACUCACCUGGCCCAUCAGGAACUGAUGAAUUCAACACAGGCCAAUUUACAACGCAAUUGUUGUCACAGCCUAUUGUGGCAAACAUGGCUAUGGAAUAUGGAAGUGCUGUUGCCAAUGUAGGAAAGCAACAGCUUGAAAAGUAUGUGCCAGUUACUGCUCUUCGAUACUACUUUGCUGUAGACACUGAUUACGUUAUGAUGAAACUUAUAUUGCUAUUUUUUCCAUUUACACAUAAAGAUUGGUCUAUUAGAUAUGAACAAGAUAGUCCUCUGCAGCCACGUUAUGAAAAGAAUGCACCAGAUAUGUACAUUCCCAUGAUGGCUUUUCUUACUUAUGUAGUAGUUGCUGGUCUUGCAUUGGGUACCCAAGAAAAGUUCACUCCAGAACAAUUAGGCAUAAUAGCUAGUUCUGCUCUUGCUUGGGGACUGAUUGAACUAUUUCUCCAUAUCAUAACUUUGUACAUUAUGAAUCUUGAGACAAGUUUGAAAUACUUAGAUUUACUGGCUUAUUGCAGUUACAAGUAUGUAGGAAUGAAUGCUGCACUGCUGGUAUCUUUGCUAUUCAAGAGGAUGGGCUUUUAUACAAUUUUUACAUACUAUAGUAUAUCUUUGUCAUUUUUCCUAAUUCGAUCUCUAAAGCUAAGAAUGAUACCCGAGGGACAUUCUUCUUACUCAGCUAGCGGGAACAAAAGAAGACUAUAUUUCAUCUUGUUCGUUGCUGGAAUCCAACCGAUUCUUAUGUGGUGGCUCUUGUACCAUCUUAUAUAAAAUCCUUAUUAGAUCAGUAUAUUUUCUCAAGUGCUUUAAAGGGUCAUUGGACGUCAUGUUGAAGUUAUAGCUACAAUUGCAUCGUGAAUAUUGGGAUGUUUUUGUGCAUUUUAUGAUAUAAAAAUUAAUUCCCGCGAAUGAAUAACCAAGCAACUCUAUUCUUUUGUGAAACAACUCUAAGCCACAGCGAUGCUAGGAAGAAAGUGUGUGGAAGUUCAAACUCAAAUAGAGUUUAAAUUUGUUUGUCAAGCUGGACAUAUAAAUGUAAAUUUCUUCCUUGACUAGCUUUAUGGUUAAAUCGCGUUAAGUCUACUGUAUAUCAUGUACGAUCUAAAUAACGAAUCUAAUCAAUAAGACAGCCGAAUAUUCUACAAUGUUUCUUUGAUAGAAAUAUUUUUUUCGUGUAAAAUAAUAUUUUCAGUAAAUACGGUUAAUUUUCAAGACGACUUAUUUUACGGAAUGCAAAAUUUUAAUCUAUGUUUUGAUACUUUCGGAAGCACGAUUUUCAGACCGUUAGUGUAAAUAACACGUAAGAAAAUUGUCAAGUUGGAUAAAAUCGUGUAUUUAUGUUUUCGGUAUCUUGUUUUUUCAUCAGGAUAUGUUUAUGAAUGAAAUGUAU